AUGUCGGCGGCUGAGCUUUACACUAAGGCCACCAAGCUGUGGAUUCCUGACCCGGAGCAAGUGUGGAUAUCUGCUGAGUUGACGAAGGAUUACAGCGAGGAAGACGAUGAUCUGCUUUACCUCAAACUGGACGACGGGAUGAACAUUGAGUUUCCCAUUGACAAGAAGACUGGAGCUCUGCCCUACCUGAGGAACCCUGAGAUCCUCAUGGGUGAGAAUGACUUGACGGCCCUCAGCUACCUGCACGAGCCGGCAGUGCUCCACAACUUGAAGGUUAGGUUCCUGGAGUCUAACAAUAUCUACACCUAUUGUGGGAUUGUUCUGGUCGCUAUAAAUCCCUACGAGCAGCUUCCUCUCUAUGGGGAUGAUGUGAUUUAUGCCUACAGUGGGCACAAUGUGGGAGAUAUGGAUCCUCAUAUCUUUGCCGUCGCAGAGGAAGCAUACAAACAGCUGGCGAGAGAGGGAAAGAACCAAUCGAUCAUCAUCAGUGGGGAAUCAGGAGCUGGGAAGACCAUGUCUGCUAAGUGCACCAUGCGGUUUGCUACCGUUGGCGGCUCAGCUGGUGACACCAACGUGGAGGAGAGAGUGUUGGCCUCCAACCCCAUCAUGGAGGCCUUUGGAAAUGCUAAAACUACCAGGAAUGACAACAGCAGCCGAUUUGGAAAAUACAUUGAAAUAGGAUUCAGUGUCGGGCAUCGCAUUGUGGGCGCUAACGUGAGGACGUAUCUGUUAGAGAAAUCCAGGGUUGUGUUCCAGGCAGAGCAGGAGAGAAAUUAUCAUAUACUGUAUCAGCUCUGUGCCUCUGCUAAUCUGCCAGAGUUUUUGGAGUUGAGUCUUGGUGGAGCAGAGAGUUUCUCCUACACCAAUCAGGGCGGUGACAUUUACAUCAAUGGAACUGAUGACGUAGCAGAUCUGGAGAGAACACGUAAUGCCUUCUCUCUCCUGGGAAUUUGCGAGUCCGACCAAAUGGAGAUAUUCAGAGUUCUCGCUUCUGUCCUACACCUGGGAAAUAUAACAUUUCAAUCAAAAGACCGUGACGGUGAAAGCAGCUGUAUUGAUUUGCGCGAUGGAUCUCUCAACGUGUUCUGUGAGUUGCUGGGACUGGAGAGAAACCAGUUUGCUCACUGGCUUUGUCACCGUAAACUGGUGACACUGAGCGAGACGUACGUCAAGCCCACGAGCAGGAAACAAGCCAGCAACUCCAGGGACGCCCUCGCUAAGCACCUGUACGGGCAGCUCUUCCACUGGAUUGUGGGUCACAUCAACAAGGCCUUAAGAUCCUCUUCCAAACAACACAACUUCAUCGGGGUGUUGGACAUCUACGGGUUUGAAGCUUUUGAAAACAACAGUUUUGAACAAUUCUGCAUUAACUAUGCCAACGAAAAACUCCAGCACCAAUUUACCCUGCACGUGUUCAAGCUGGAGCAGGAGGAGUACAUGAUGGAGGAAUUAUCCUGGACGUUGAUCGAAUUCCACGACAACCAGCCAUGUAUCGAGCUCCUCGAAGCCAAGCUGGGAAUCCUAGACCUGCUGGAUGAGGAAUGCCGGAUGCCAAAGGGAACGGACACAAGUUGGGCUCAGAAACUGUACGAACGGCAUCUCCACACGAGUUACUACUUUCAGAAACCCAGGAUGUCAAACACGGCCUUUCUUAUCCUACAUUUUGCUGAUGACGUGCUGUAUCAGUGCGAAGGGUUUUUGGAGAAAAACAGAGACACGGUUUAUGAGGAGCCAAUUAACAUUCUCCGAGCGAGUAAGGUGAGCCUCGUCGCUGAGCUUUUCCACGAUAAGGAAUCUGCCCACAUCGGGCGGCGGCCAAACCCCAACGUGGGCUUCCGAUCGCUCCGGAAAUCCCUGCCGGCAAAAAGCGAGCACAAGAAAACCGUGGGAUAUCAGUUCCGAGCUUCUCUCCACCUCCUGAUGGAAACCUUGAACUCCACGACUCCUCACUACGUCCGCUGCCUGAAGCCAAAUGACACGAAGCAGGCGUUCUCGUUCAACCCACAACGGACUGUGCAGCAACUGAGAGCUUGUGGAGUGUUGGCCACCAUCCGGCUCAGUGCAGCGGGCUAUCCCUCCAGAUGGACCUACCCAGAGUUUCUGAGCCGCUACAGAGUGUUGCUGAGAGAGGACGGUCUGUGUGUGGGUGACCAACGACAGACCUGCAAAUGUUUGUUGGAAAAUCUAAUAAAGGACAAAACACAGUACCAGUUUGGGAGGACGAAGGUGUUCUUCCGAGCCGGACAAGUGGCUUAUCUGGAGAAGCUCCGUGGGAACAAGCUCCGGGCAGCGUGUGUCCUGAUACAGCGGCGGGUGAGAGGCUGGUUACAGCGGAGGCGAUACCAACAUGUUCGCGCAGCCACCAUCGCCGUCCAGAAAUACACGCGAGGCUUCCUGGCAAAACGACGAACCGAGGGUUUGAGACGAGCGAGAGCUGCCCUGGUCAUCCAGAAGCGAUACCGCAUGCUGGUCGUGAGGAGGCUGUUUGUGCUGCUCCGCACAGCGACUGUCACUAUUCAGGCUUAUGCCAAAGGCACGGCCGCCAGAGUCCAGUAUCGCAAGCUGGUGAGGGAGCGGAAGGCGGUGAUGGUGCAGAGCUGGGUGCGUGGCUGGCUGGCCAGGCUAAGCUAUCGCCGCACACGGCAUGCGGUGAUCUUCCUGCAGAGCUGUUACCGGCGGAUGAAAGCCCGGAGAGAGCUUCACAAGCUCAAGUGCGAAGCCCGGUCAGUUGAACAUUACAAACAACUGAACCGAGGGAUGGAGAACAAGAUCCUGCAGCUACAGGUCAAAGUCAUUGAGCAGAACAAAGAGAACAAGGUCCUGGUGGGACAGUUGGCAUCACUUGCGGCCUCGUACAGCAGGGAUUUUGAGAAACAGAAGUGUGAGCUGGAGCAGCUGCAGGCCAGGGCGGGCGAUGCCAAAGUGCUGAGCCUCCAGCGGGAGCUAGAGAAGCUGAGAGCGGAGCUCGACAUGGCACGGCAGGAGGCAGCAAUCGUGGAGGAAAAGACAUCUCGGGAGCAAACCCGACUGACGGAGAGCUUUGAGGUUCUUGAGAAGGAAAAAGUCCAGUUGAGCGACGAGUUGCAGAAGCUGAAGCGACAUCUUCAGGAGCAGGCGGACAGCAUCGAAGAACAAAUUGCCCUGAAGGUGGCGGCAAAGAGCCGCGAGUUACAGUCCGGGUUUGAGGCUGAGCGAAGCCGCUAUCAGAAUCUUGUCAGAGAAUUUUCUCGCUUGGAGCAAAGAUACGAAAAUCUGAAAGAUGAGAUGAGCUUCAUUAAGGAGUCUCCAGGGCUGAAGAGUAACCAGUCUGUUCAGAGCUGUUUGUCCGAACUGAGCGAUCAGUCCUCUGUCUUUUCGGCGUUGGAUGCUGAGGGUCUAAUACAUCACUUAGAGUUUCAGGCGCUUGAGAACGAGAACCGGAAGUUGAAGGCGGAACUGGAGAAAGGUCCUGGGCCGGGCCGCGGCCGGGGGGGAGAGAAUCGUCUCAGGAUCCUCUGCGGAGCCAGCUGGGUGCCGCGACCCGGGAGGUCAACAUGUACAAGGAAACUGAGCCAAGCGACAAGGCAGCUCUCUGCCGCGGAGAGACAGAUCGAGGAAAUGAAGAACAAGCGGCUGGUUCUGCCCCGAGGCGGCUGCAAGAUGACCGAGGAGGAUCUCCGACAUGCUUAUGAUGCCGUCUGCGUGGCCAACGCGAUUCUCAUGGAGGAGAUCCGGGAACAGAGGGCGCAGCACGAGGAUGGAACGGGAGAGCUUCACACACAGCUCCGAGCUCUCAGACAGGAGCUUGAUCACCAGCAGGAGGCCCUGGGCCGAGAGAGACAGCAACCAGCGGGGACGCACCCAGCAAACCACUUACAGGAGGAGGUGUACCGACUCAACAACCAAAACCUGGAGCUGAUGGAGCAGGCGGAGAAACAGGAUAAGAUGGUGUACAAGCUGAGCCGGCAGCUCAAGGCGUACGUCAAGUCGGUCAAAAACUUUGCAGUGACGUCUCCGGCCAGCCAGAGUGCUGGGGAGCCAGGCUCGGUGUCGGAGAUCACAGCUUCAGUGAGCACAGCUGGUGGCCAGCUCGGAGCCGGGAAUUUUCGGGGAAUGUUGGAAUGUGGAAAGGAAGAUGAGGCUCGGUUCAUGAGAAAUCUGAUCAUUGAUCUGAAGCCCGAAUUGCCAUCACUGCGGGAGCUGCCGAGUCUCCCCGCCUUCAUCCUGUUCAUGGUCGUGCGGCACGCGGACUACACCAGCGACCAGCCCAGGGCACAGGCUCUAUUCACGGCCAUCCUCAGCUCUGUCAAGAAGGUCCUCAAGAGAGACCACAGUUUUGAGACGGUGGGUUUCUGGCUGACCAACGUCUAUCGGCUCUUGGUGUGCGUGCGGCAGUACAGUGGGGACGAGAGCUCUGUGGAGAUGAACACACCUGAGCAGCGGCCUCACAGCUUGAGGAACUUUGACCUUUCUCAGCAAUGCCUGGCUCUCUCCGACCUUGCCAUAGAGGCUUAUCACCAACUGAUCAGGUCGGCUGAGGAGCGGCUUCAGCCAAUGAUCGUGGCUGGGAUGCUGGAGAAUGAUGUGCUUCACGGUUUAGGCAGCGUAACAGCCCGGCCGGGCGGGUACAGAAGAGCUGGCCUCGGCAGGGAGAGCGGUGUGCACACGCUGCACUCCCUCCUUGUACAGCUGGACUCCUUCCACGGCGUUCUGACCGGGUACGGCUUAGAUCCCGAGAUCAUCAAGCAGGUUUUCCGGCAGAUUUACUACCUGAUCGGAGCCGCGACGCUCAACAACCUGCUGCUCCGGAGAGAUGUCUGCUCGUUCGGGAACGGGGUCCAGAUCAGGAACAAUGUCAGCCGGCUGCAGGAGUGGCUGAGCGGGAAGCGGCUGCAGGGGAGCGGGGCGCUGGAGGCUCUACAGCCCCUCACACAGGCCUCCCAACUGCUGCAGCUCAACAAGAGGACAGACACCGAUGCUGAGGCCAUCUGCUCUAUGUGCACCGCCCUCUCCAAAAGCCAGAUUGUAAAAAUCUUGACGCUGUACACACCCAUUAAUGAAUAUGAAGAGCGUGUGACUGUAGACUUCAUCAAGAAUGUUCAGAUGCGUUUAGUGACCAGGAGCCCCAGUCAGCAGCUGCUGGUUGAGCUGAAGCACGUGUUUGCCGUGAAUUUUCCCAUCGUGCCGUCUCCGGUGAACCUGGAAAAGCUUCGGAUCCCGGAAAGCUUGGGCCUCUCGUUCCUAAAACCGUGCUGAACACCCAGCUCUCUGGUUCUAUAUCGAGACUGCUUUUGAAACUGCUCUUUGAAGAGUAACACACGGCAUCGAUCAAAGGUGGGGUUGGAAUCGUACGUGGGUUUGUAUCCUGUGUGAUGCUCUGUGUGUUUGCUGCACCCUCUGGCCAGGAAGACAACUCUAAUGGCUCUGCUAUCGAAGCCUUUGAUGCUGAAGCCAUUGAUUUCAGGUGUCUCUGAUGCUCACAGUGUAGAAUGCUCCUUUUAAAAUGAUGACUAUUUCAGAAAGUGAAGGUGAAGUGGCUACUUAAAGGUGGACUCCCAACCUAGAGGACUAAAGAAACCAAGUUUUUCCCAUUUCCCGUUUGGCAGGGAGAGAGAGAGAGAGAGAUCUGAGACAUCUCCAGGCAAUGAUUCAGGCUUUGCUCCCAGAAUGGCUUUGAAAUGGUGAUUGUGCGUAUGAUGUAACUCCUCUGCACUCAAUUACCUUAUAGAAGCUCAAGUAUUCACUUCAGUCGUGAAUCAAGUGUUUUUUUUAAAAAGUGCUGAGCAAACCCCUGGGUGUAAUUGUUAAUCUCAUCAGUUAGAUUUCAUUCCCCCCCACCCCGUGGUAAAGCACUCACUGCAGCACAUUCUUCAGCUACACAAAGGUCACCCACCGUUUGUGUCUGAUACGUUUUCACAGUGAGUUUCUGUUCAACACGAUCAUUAAGUAAUCUUUGUCUUUCUGCCCUUCCGCCCCAAAAUCCACCCCCACAUCCACCGACACAACCUCAGCACCAAGAAAACAAGACCAAAGACAAUCCCGUUAGUUACUGAUCAUCUCCACCUAAGCCCUAAAAGGUUUCCUUAUCACCCGCCCACUUGCCAACACUAGUCACUAAUUAUUGUUAUUUAUGGUCAUGGGGGGGUGGGGAGGGGGGGAAUGCAGUGCAUUGGAUACGUAGCUUCUAAUAAUUCACAUAGUGAAAGUAUUAAUGUGUGUGUAGGAAGCUUCGGAGCUGCCUCACCGCUGGUUUAAUUUGUACAGUAAUUAUUGCUGCACGUGGGACACUUCCUUAAUUCAUUAGAUGGCCGGGCGAGGGAAUUGAGUGUUGGGCAGAAGAGAUGGUUUGAGUUGGUAAUUUGCUGACGAACGUGUGCUUAUCUUACGGUGGGACAGGGAUGUGUGUGGGGGGGGUGCGGGGGGUGGAGCUGGGGUUACCUGCGAAGAAAGUGCCAAUUUUGUUUUUAAAAAUAAAAAUUUGUAAUUGAAGAAAGGUAAUAAAAAUCUCUUUGUAGAUGAA